AUGGAGGCCGUUCACAACUCAUUAGCGACACCAUCAGCAUGCCCUGAAGAAGAAGAGGUCGCCGUUUACGGAGGGUCCAUAUUUACAAGAAUAGAAAUCAAAACUCGAUCAAGCUCUGUGGGGUUAGAAAGAACCGGUGCUCGACUCGGCUUGAUCUUGGUCUUAGUUAUGGGCGGCGCGCUCGGUUGCUCGGCACUCACCGAAAACGGCCCGCGAAGGCAUCAACAUGCCGAUGACGUUGUUGUCCCUCUUUCGCACGCACCCGUCCGUAUAAUCAACAGUUGA